CGACAACAACGGUACCCACCACACGUGCAGCGACGACAGCGCAUCUAAACGGAAUUUAGUURGAGGCAGGUCCAACCAAACGAAAAGUAUCACUGCCGCUGGCCAGACAGUCAAACGUUGCUGAAACGCGAACUUGAACGGGCGCGCAACUAAAAGUUUUUCCGCCAAACGAAUCUUCGAAUCUUAACCGUAUACCGUUACGUAUGCCAUGCGUUCGCGGSUACAAAGUUUUUCGUUUUGCAUAAAGUGUUGAGAGAUCUGUAUUUAUUUGUGAGAAAAUAUACRGUGCGUUGUCACAGACUUGCGUGCCAAGUGUGAGGCGGCGCGAUUACCGCUGAGACGCGCGCCUGUUUGCCCGCCUGUCAGCGCUCGCACUCAGGUGCCGAUACUCGCAAUUACUUUGAAUGCGCACGGUCGCACGGGUCGUCCGACCGCCAAGCGCAUUUAUUCAUUGAAUAUUAUUGUGAUUUGCAUGUUGUCGUUAGAGAAGAAUAAUAAAAGCGCGAAGGAAAUCGCGUAGCAAAUGCAGUGCGCGAACACUUGUGGCUAAACUAAAAAUAAAACAAUUAAUAAACAAAUAAACAGUGGAAAUUUUAUUAGUGCUUAAGACAAAAAAGUGUAGAAUAAACAAUUGAAAUAAAGACAUUAGUCGGAAAAAUAAGGAUUUCCGCAAAGCGCGCGCUUCAAAGAUUAAAAAAAACACAUGGCGCCUGCAAACGAUUCAAGCGAAGCAAGCAGUUGGACAGUCAUGCCGCCGGCACCUGAUGUUCAGAGCCAGCUUAGCGCGCUCCUCAAUAGUUCUAGUAAUGUGCUUAAUAACAGCUUUUCCACCGUCAACGCCAUCUCUUCUAAUUACAGUUAUGAGCAAAUGCAAAACGCUACGCUUCAACACUUUUUUGAUCUCGGUCCGACGCGCGACCCACUGGAAAUCGUCAUACCCGUGACGAUCAUUUACAGUUUGAUAUUCGUCAGCGGUGUCAUUGGUAACAUCAGCACUUGUAUAGUGAUUAAGAAGAAUCGCUCCAUGCACACCGCCACCAAUUACUACCUCUUCAGCUUGGCCAUAUCGGAUUUCCUGCUUUUGCUCUCCGGCGUCCCACAGGAAAUGUACUUCAUCUGGUCCAAAUAUCCGUAUGUGUUUGGUGAAUACUUUUGCAUUGGGCGCGGCGUGUUGGCGGAGACUUCUGCGAAUGCAACAGUGCUAACCAUCACCGCUUUCACCGUGGAACGCUACAUGGCCAUAUGUCAUCCGUUUUUGGGACAGGCUAUGUCGAAAUUGAGUCGCGCCAUACGGAUUAUUGUGCUCAUUUGGUUGGUGUCCGUUUUGACGGCCAUACCACAAGCAGCGCAGUUCGGCAUCAUCGCGUUGAAUGGCAUUGAGAAAUGCACCGUUGUGCGGAACAUCAUUCAGCACUCGUUUCAGUUGUCCACCUUUAUAUUCUUCAUUGCUCCAAUGUCUAUAAUAUUGGUAUUGUAUCUACUGAUUGGUUUACGWUUGCAUCGCUCGAGUUUGAUGGGCGSCGCCGGUGAGGCUGGCGGCGGUCGACGUAGUUUUAACUGUAUUACCACUAGCGUGAACGCUGCCAACGGUAGAUCGGCUGGUGGCACAGAGGGCGGCGGUGUUGUUAGUAAUGUCAGUGGGAAGGGGAGUGGUCGUCUGGCGUACGGUGGAGGUGGCGGUGGCGGUAGUGUGGUGCGUGCGAUUGGCACACGCAAAGGGAGUGAUCGCAUGAGCAUGAAGGGUACGCAGAGCGAUACGAUGCUAUAUCGUUAUAUGGGUGGUAGCCAGUUGAGYGCCGUGCGCGGUCGCAUGAAUCACUAUGGAACGCGACGUGUGAUAAAGAUGCUGGUCGCGGUUGUCAUAUGUUUCUUAUUGUGUUGGGCCCCCUUCCACGCGCAGCGGCUAAUCGCUGUUUAUGGUCCGAAUGUUUGGGGCGGCGGUAGUGAGAGCGCUGAUGGUGUUGCUGGCGGUGGGGAGCAUGAUGACGCUGCUGCAGCUGAUAAGAAUCAUCAAGUGGUGAUAUACACCGUUAUGACCUAUGUGUCGGGAGUGCUUUAUUACCUGUCGACAUGCAUCAAUCCGUUGCUCUACAACCUGAUGAGCAACAAGUUUCGGCAGGCAUUCAAGUCGAUUUUAAUACGUAAGAAAACGAAUGGCUCGCUCAAUUAUCGACGCACUCAACAGUCGCAGAAUUUACGUCGUAAUCCGACACUCACCUCGAGUACGCAGCGUGAAUCGAGUGAAUCGGAUCCGCUUUCGAAGCAUUCAAUGUUGCAGGCCGCGUUAAAUGGGCGAAACGUGAACAGUAAACUAAUGCCAUAAACCGGAAAGUAAUAUGCAUAUAUACUUAAAACAAAUAUAAUUACAUAUACAUAUAUGCAUAUGUAACUGUUAUCAUGACAUAUUCAAAUUGUUAGCAGAUAUCGUAGAGUACAAUGGUUCGGAACCCAUCAAAGACGGAGGAUAUGUGGAAGCUAUUCAAAGUGAUUAUAAGGCUAUUGACUUUGAACGCUCAUGAGCAAGCAUGUGUGGAUACAUCGCAAAAACUACAUGUAUAAUUUAGAAUAGUUCCAUACAAAUGAGGUACUUAAAAGUGGCUACUUAUUUAAUUGCUGAAUGCAGCAAGCAAACAGCUUCUCAGUAAUUUAAUUCAUUUAAAAUAUACAAUACUUAUUCACAGCUAUUUAUGUGUAUUUGUUAAUAUAUACCUYUGUAUUGUAUAUAUGUAUGUUUGUAUGUAAUAAGAAAGCUACUGACAAAUUAUACCCCUUACUGUUAAGCAUUUAAAAACACGCUGUAAAAUUACAACCAUUACUUGGUAAUGCUAAAAUUAUCGUAUUUAUUCUUUUGCAAACCCUGUUAGAUAAAAAAUAAAAUAAAAUGUAUAACUGUGUGUUUUUUUUU